CGAUACAAAGAAAAUAUCAUAAUAUUGCGGAAGACAUAAAUUUAUAAAGAUACAUCUUUAAAGCUUUACUAAAUUUAUUUUAAUGUCAAAGUGAUCAAUAUGUGUUACAAUUAGAUACAAAUUUUAACAUUGUUGGAUUUUAUCCAUCUAACUUUCCUUUGGUGAAAGUUACCAAUAUUGCGAAUUAGUCUGUGCAUCUCACAUCGAUUUCAAUCCAAUGGGUGCAUUUACGAGUCGACAGAAUGGUGCAGUGGAGGAGGCAGAGCAACGAAAUUCAACUCAUGCCUACAAAUAUCCUCCCCGGUCGGGAAACUUUUUUGGGAGCCACUUUAUUAUGGGAGGAGAACGUUUCGACACACCCCAACCAGAGUCUUACUUAUUUGGUGAGAAUGCCGAUUUGAAUUUCCUUGGCAGUCGCCCCACAGCAUUUCCUUAUCCCCCUCCUCAAGCCAGUGAACCAACUAAAACGCUGAAAAGUCUAGUAAACAUACGUAAAGAGUCAGUACGAUUUGUUCGGGUUUCCCCCGAAAAACAAGAAAUCGUAUCCGCCAACACACACAUAGAUAAUAUCGAAGGUAAUAUGAUCACCAACGAACUCGGUGGAUGUGGUGAUGGCCCGGUACAACCCGGAGCUUAUUCUUAUAAUAUCGAGUUCACUUUCGAUUCGGAUGCCAAAUGCGCCAUAACAAUUUAUUAUUUUUGUACUGAGGAAGUAAGCCCCAGUGGCGUUACACUUGUCCCACGAGAUGGAUUAACAUCUGAAACGUACCACUACGAAAAGGGUAUAAAUCAAUUCUUCUCCCAACCGAGUCACAUUUUCAAUCCGCAACUAAUCCCUGAGGAUGACUUGGUCUACAAUCAGACAAAAGAACAAUAUCCAGUCGCUAUACACUGUGUGGUAGAGGAAGGUAACGAAGACUGCAGGCAAUCGCAUACAACCAUAUGCGUCAUUGAUCACCAUCCUGAAACCAACAGUUAUGUUUUGAGAGCUCUUAAGCAGAAAAUUUUCGUUGAUGGCCUCUGUUAUCUGCUACAAGAAAUAUAUGGUAUCGAAAAUAAAGCUGUCAACAAAAGUUCCAUCGAUGAAGAAAUCGAUGACCAUGGCAGUGAGUGUGUUAUCUGCAUGAGUGAAACACGUGACACGCUUAUACUACCUUGCAGGCAUUUGUGUCUAUGCAAUUCCUGUGCGGACUCCUUACGUUAUCAAGCGAAUAAUUGUCCUAUCUGUCGUGCCCCAUUCCGAGCACUUCUGCAGAUACGUGCUGUGCAAAAAGGAGUUAGCUCUCACACAUUACAUCAAAAUACACCCUCCUCGGCACCAGGAGAGCCAGCCCCUUGUGAUCAACACAUACCGCCCGGCUACAUUCCAGUAUCACUUAUAGAGGCACUCAAUGGCCCACCACAAUUUGUGGGUAGACCCCGUACGAAUGACAGUGAUAUGGCCGAUGGUGUGGCACAUACCGCCAUGGUAGUUGAGAAUCAUAAGGCAACAUCACCUUUAAAACCCAACCAGCGACGUUCUAAGAUCAAGAAAAAUGUCUCGACUUCGACAAAUACGAAUGAAGUGGGCACCAUUACAGCUACAAGCAACACAAACAACCCGACACUCUCUGUAGUGGAAAUAUCAAAUGAAAAUGGCUCAACAAUGGCAGUACAGAAGAAAACACUUCCGUCAGAAACAGAAACACAGCCGAACACCAGCAAUUCACAAGAUAAAUUGCACAUUGUUAAUGAACGUCAGAGUUUGAAGGUGCCAAAAAAGAAACAUGCUUCAAAUUCAAAUAGUAUAAAUUCGUCGCCAUCGCAAAAUGAUCUCGACACCGAUGACAGUGAAAACGAAAAGUUAUCGCCGCUACUAACUCCCGAUAAUAAAUCUAAAUCCACAAAUAUUACGCGAAGCAAGGAAGUAAUUGGUAUCAACAAUGACAGUGAUAAUGACGUGGCUGAUGGAUUGGAGAUGAAAUCCACCGCUUCAUUGAAAAAGAGCGCUAUUAGCGGCAAUGCUGAGACCGCUGUCGUCAAUGCGGACGACUCCGAUUAUUAUACGCCUGAAGACACGCAAAACUCCAUCUUAAGUCCCUUGUGCCCAGAGCGAGAACGAGAACGACCGAAAAGUGGAGACAAAUUGGGCAGUCUUAAAGGAAAUGCAGGCAGUUUUAAAGGCACAAGCAACUUAGCCAAAAAGAAUCUUCAUAAGAAAUCAACAUCGGUUGGGAACAUAGUUGGUCCAGGCAACACCACAGCCAAUGUCGGAAUACCCAGUAAUAUGGCAGGCGAUAUGAAAGGCAACGUGAGCUCUCUACCAGAUAUGUUAGACAAUCCGAUAAGCGGGAAUACCGCAUCUACGCGCAGUUCCAGUGACAGCUACUCUUCGAGUUCAUCAACCAAACAACUGUUAAGCUCGAAUCCAGCUAAUGUGGCUGCUAAUAUAAUAGUCGAUGAUAAGACUGCUCUUCAGAAUGCAGUUAAUGUUUAAGUGAUUGGAAGAAAAGUGUACUAUAAGCCACAUCUUAUUUAAAUAUUAAUAUCUUACAAUACAUA